AUGGCGAAUUCUCAAGCUACCCGUUACAUCCAUCAAAAUGCUCUUCGCCCAUCUCUCUUCAUCUACUCAUGUCCUACCGUCUACACAACCACCAAAUCACGUCCUAGAGAGACUAGAACUCAGAACAUGAGUCAAUCCAAAACCCCCUUCCUCUCGAGGAAUUACGAGAAGGACCACGAAGAAGAGGACGAAACAGAAAAUGAUUCAACAACAGACGUCGAUCUCGAAGACGCCCUCUCAACCACAUCCCACAAAAGUCCACGCCCACAUCGAAGGCCUUCGCCUUCCUUCCUCCGACGUGUUCUUUUCCGUCCCUGCCCAGAUCUAAUCCUCUACCUCUUCGCCCUCUGGGGAUUCCUCUCCCUCGUUUUUCAACUAGCCCAACUCCUCUUGCCCAUAACACCUAUCUUCCCCUCUUACCAUGUCCAAACAACAACGACAACAACAUCAGGGGCAAGACCCGGCACAUCCAGCACAACAAAAGACAUAGACGUCUACCGCCCCUCCACCUUCCCCUCCCCCUCUUACGACCUUUGCUCCUGCGGUUCCUCACUCCGCGAAGCGGAGUCGCUACACUGCGUCUACGACACCAUGGCAGCCGCCUGGCUCCCCCCUUACUGCCGCGACCCCGUACUAACCACAAUCUUCGACCGGUCCGGUCCCGGCCAAGGCGGAUCAUGGUCUUACUAUGCCGACAAAGACGGCAGCGUCCGUCUCAGUCCGCAUCAAAUCUCUCUUUUAGCAGACAAACCAAAAGGAGAAAACGUCUUCUGGGCAACAAGAGAAUGGCAUCUAGCCCAUUGUCUGUUUUACUGGCAGAAGCUGGUGCGGAUGAGGGAUACAAAUGCCAUAAUGGAGAGGAGGUUCGAUGGGUGGCAUCAUGCCAGGCAUUGUUAUGGAUUGUUGAUGAGGAGGGAUGCGCCGCCGAGGGAGAUGUUGUUGGAGGUUGAUGUUAGGUUGAGUAGUGGGUUUGAGGGUGGGCAUGAGGGGGAGGGGGAGGGGGGAGGAGGGGGGGCAUGA